AUGGUGCAAUCUGCAGACAGAGUUCCAAAGGGCCACAUCAGAUAUCAACGAAGCGACUAUAUCAUCCUCAUUAUCGCUGUCAUCAUCGACGAACUCGGACAAGGCUCCAAAAACCUCACCUGGCCCCUCUUCACUUCCAUCUAUACCGAAAUCAAAAAAACCCCUACAGACAAUCAAUUUGUCGACCAUCUCCGAGUUGAAACAGGCAAGGGAAAGGGCUCGAAGGGCAGUGGCGGUCGAGGUACUCGACUCAAUGCUAUAGCACGCAACUUCGGAGUCACUCCCAGUCUCUUCUGCUUUUUGUUCGGCGAGGAAGUCUUCCCUGGUUGUCGUUCCGCGCUGAGAGCCCUGAAGUACUUGAAAGAGUUUCAUCCCGAUUACAACAUAAAGACUCUUUUCGCCGCCUACGAGAGCAUCUCCGCCGACGAGACUAGUGCAGGCACCACCACCGCGACAAAUCUCCGAAACAGGUUCAAGAAUGCGAUAAGUUCUUUGGAACCGAAAGCAUGGCAAGCACCCACUACUAAGAAUGCUUCUUCAAAAGAAUACGCGCGUUCCAUGCCGGCCAUCCUGACACUGCCGGCUUCUGAACACUAUUUGUCUAGCGACCAAGAGUUGGAAGAUGACGUGUCGGAGGAGAACGAGACCGAAGAAGCUCUGGUAGCUACUACAUUGACGCAACCGCAAAACGACACCGCUUUAGUUGCGGAGCAAUCCCGUCCACUUCGUGGUGUCGCUCAGGAUCACUCCGUGGAUGGCAUCGACAGCUCUAGCAACUCCCUCGAUACCGCUUAUUUCCCCACUGAUGGUAAACAAGAUGGGACCAUACAGCGCGACGACAACGAUCAUCCGUUCUCGCCUGGUGCGAACUCCGAAAGCGAGGAAGAGCCUGAGCAACAACGUAACAACCCACACACGAGGUUAUCAAUGAUAACAGGAGAUACCCAAGCCUCCUUCCACCAACCUCUUUCCCCAUGUUUUGAGCAUGGCUUGCAAGAGCACGCGACCCCGUGUCCUGGGGGAACUACGUUCUUCGGACCGUUUCCAACCCCGUUGUAUAAAAGUCCGGUGUGUGGAUCAGCGCCGUUAACACCAACUCGUUGGGAUGAUUCCUUUCAGUACCGUGUCAACGAAAGCGAUACAAAGAAUCCACUAGACCGGUCACUAUGUCGUAAACGUCCGGCAGCGCCCCAGGAGGAUCUUGAAAUCACGUCCAAGCAAAUGCGACUUGAUCAAGAUGAGCCAGAGAACUAUGGUCGGCAUUUGAAGACUUUUGGCUUGCCGAAAAAGAUGACCAGCCCUAGCCCAAAAGAACCGACCAAACCGUUUAACCAGGCAACAAAGCGUGCUACGAGGCCAUACCUCGAGAUGUUGAACACAGCUGGCGAAUCUUUAAAACAGGAGCAAUGGCUGAACGACGUUGCCGUCAAUACUCUUCUGGGCCGUCUUUCUGGACCUGCGACUGCAGUGCUCGACUCUCUUACCGUCGAGUCACAGCUGACGGCGCGCCGAAGCUCGAUGUUGCGUGAGCGACUGAAAGGCAAAGACGUCGUCCUGAUUCCUGUCAAUGAAAAUGCCAAGCACUGGCUUGCGUUCCUUGUCAAAUUCCGCCACGACACACAGUUCGAGUUCCCACAAAGUGUCCAGGCUCGUGCGAGCCACUCUGAACUGGCCAGCGGACAAGCCACUCGAGGCAGCCCUCGACGAAGAUGGAAUGUCCUCAACAAGAACAAGGAAACACGUGGGAUUGCGGCAUCUAUGUAG